AUGGCUAGAGAGGAGAGUUCCAAUGGCUGGCAGCGUGCAGAAGUGAUCCGGCUAGAGCAGGAUGUUUUCACGGCCCUGGCCGGGAGUGGCAAACUCUACGUCUACAAAACUGAUGGCUUUUGGAGCCAGAUCAAGUCAGCUGGCUCUGCUAUCUAUGCCAGCCGCCUUUACCUGAACCAGUACAGCAAAAGCCACCCAGAGAGACUGGCCCAGAACAAGCCUGGAGGCCCUAUCAUCCGAGGGAAUGUGUACAUCCACCCGACAGCCUCCAUCGACAGCACUGCAGUGUUGGGCCCCAACGUCUCCAUUGGGGAGGGUGUGACAGUGGGCGCUGGUGUGCGCGUGCGAGAGUCCAUCGUCCUGCAUGGCGCCUCACUCCAUGAUCACACCUGUGUCCUGAAUACCAUCGUGGGCUGGGACAGCACGAUUGGGCGCUGGGCCCGGGUUGAAGGAACGCCCAGCGACCCCAACCCCAAUGAUCCCUAUGCCAAGAUUGACAGCGAGACCCUGUUCCGGGACGGGCGCCUCACGCCGUCCAUUACAAUCCUGGGCUGCAGCGUCACCAUUCCGGCUGAGGUCGUUAUUCUCAACUCCAUUGUCCUUCCUCACAAGGAGCUGAGCCGAAGCUACAAAAACCAGAUCAUCCUGUGAGUCAUGGGCAGCACCAGCCCCCUGCUCCCUGCUGUGCCCCACAACAAGAGCCUGCGCUGAGCCCUCACAUCCUGGGAGGUUCUCAGCACCCCCAGAGGGGUAGGUGCAGGCCAGGAGCCCUGCAAGUGCCUGACUACUGCUCCAGACAGACAUUAAAGCUGAUGAGCAUCAGCCUUGCAUGCUGCUUCUCUUGCAGCCUAGGGACUAGCCCUGGGCCAGGGUGAAGGCUUUGGGGACAGUACGUGACCGUGGUAGAAGCCUGUGUGCAUCUGCAGGGAGCACUUGCUGCCUGCAGUGUCUUGGGUCCAACUUUGUGUGUUUCUCCACCAAAGGGCACUACCAGCACCACCUUGCCACUCCUCACCAGGCUAUCUCUGCACUAUUUGCUGUCUGCAACUCCCUGGAAGGUCUUGGCCCAUCUCUAAGACCUGGGAGAUUUGAAUGUGCCUGUCAUGUGUAGGCAGCUUACCCACAAGAACAGAUUGAGGCUCUUGAUUUCAGCAUGAUUGCAGCAGCCUGAGCUGGGCUUCUGCCUAGUGCUGGGAAAACAGCAGUGCCAGGCUGUCCUCAGGGCACUGGCACACACAUGAGGGGUGGGUCAGACUAGCGGCCUGCUGGCCCUGGAGGGAGCUGCAAGAACACCCCUUCCCCCAGUACCACCUCUGCCCCCUGGGCUCGGUGCGUGCCAGGAGAGCUGCCAGCCCUACCCAGCCUGCUCUUGUCAGGCUGAGACCUGUGCCUGCUGCCUAGGCAGGGCUCAGAGUGAAGGCAGCAAGCUCCUGCAAGCUCCUGCUACCCUGGUGGGCCACCAUCCUCCUUCACACCAGCACGGCUGAAGCUUGGGGGGCUCACUGGAUAUCUUUCCUUGUCACUAGCCACAUCCACUGGGCACCAGAGCAAUCAACUUAUGUGUGUGCAAGUGGCAGAGAUUUAGCACCUCACUUUGCUUCAAAAACCUGAUUUUAUGGAAGGCAGUUUCCUCCUGAGCCUGGCAUAGAUUGUCUGCAGUAACCAAUGCUGCCCUUGAUCCUUUUACCUCCCUGGUUUUGAACUCUGUGCUAAAGCCCUGCACUCCACCAAGGGUCCCAUCAUGCCUCUCAUUUUCAGCAAGGCACUGUAUUAGGUAUUCUCCAUCCAUCCAGUACCAUCCCAGUUCAAUGGAUUUGGAGUAAAUCCUUGCUCCUAGCCCUGUGCCUUCCUGUGCCAGUUCUCUUGUGGUCCUGGGCAGGGAUUAGCUGUUCCCUAGCUUUAAGCACAUUAAACUCUUUCAGUUUUG